ACCUGACACCACACUCUAACCCAAAACUUUAAGGUUCAGGUUUAUGAGUCUUCUCCUCACUUAUAUGGUGUUCAACCUUUCCACUUCUACCCGAUGUGGGACUUCACUUCACACUUGUAACUCAACAUAGAUGAAAUGAGGUACAUGAAGCCCUUGCAAUUGUUUCAUGAUUUGAAGAAUCAGCAGCGCGGAAGGUUGCUUGGUUUGGAUGUCGGGGAUAAAUAUGUUGGGCUUGCUCUUUCUGACUUCGAUAACAAUAUUGCUUCACCUUUCAGCGUUCUCGUCAGGAAGAAGACAAAUAUCACUUUAGUGGCUUCUGAUUUUGAGAGUCUGUGUAGUGAUUUGAGCAAUAAAACUUCCAAGCAUGUUAUUGGCAUCUCGUUUGACAAACAUCAAGUGUCUUCUGAUGCUAUGCAAGUGAAGGUCUUCACUGAUCACCUCUGUAAAACAAAAAUGCUUGAAGAAUGUGGAGUUGCUGUUAAAGCCUUUAAACUUGAAUCAUUCAGUUCUCUCCAAGACUAUGCUAGACAAGUUUGCUGCAGUAGGAAUACUUCAGGGGUACAUGGAUUUUGUCAACAGGAAAAUGAAGCUGACAGCAAUGGAGUAAUGAACUCUUAAUAAUGUUACUUUUCAAGCCUGCUAAUCUGGAGGCAUGCAUCAGAAAUCACAACUAGAUACCUCUGAAUUUAAGGUUGGUUGGAGGACAGUAGGGGAAGGGAAAAGUUGCUCAAUGGGAGAUCAAACAUCUAUCAUCAACAUCACAUUCAUAUUUUGUAGACCUGAGCUGAUGUCAAUUUAGAUGCAAGCACCGUGCUAGCUAGAUUCAUUUAAUUUCAUUGGAGAAUGAGAGGAUUCGGGUUAAACUAUUAGAGGCAUGUUGAAAAUUCUCAUGUUAAAUGUGAUUUUGUAGAAAAAAGAAAAAGAGAGAGAAAAUUCUCGAUUUUAAUUUAUUCAUUGAAAUAGACUGU